CCGACGCCGGAAGCGGCUGGCUGCCUUCCUCCCCGAGCGGACGCGCAGGAGGCCUGUGCGGCCCGAUCGUUGCCAUGGUGUUUUACUUCACCUCCUGCGUGGCGUCUACUCCUUACUCGAUUUAUAUGGGAAAAGAUAAAUACGAAAAUGAAGACCUAAUCAAGUAUGGCUGGCCGGAAGAUCUGUGGUUUCAUGUGGACAAGCUCUCCUCUGCGCACGUGUAUCUCCGGCUACACAAGGGACAGACGGUGGACGACGUCCCAAAGGAGGUCUUGAUAGAUUGCGCACACCUUGUGAAGGCCAACAGCAUUCAGGGCUGUAAAAUGAAUAACGUCAACGUGGUGUACACCCCAUGGACCAACUUAAAGAAGACGGCAGACAUGGAUGUGGGACAGAUCGGGUUUCACCGGCAGAAGGACGUCAAGAUCUUGACCGUGGAGAAGAAGGUGAACGAGAUCCUGAACCGACUGGAGAAGACCAAAGUGGAGCGAUUCCCAGACUUGGCCGCUGAGAGAGAAUCUCGUGACCGGGAGGAGAGGAACGAGAAGAAGGCCCAGAUCCAAGAGAUGAAACGUAAGGAGAAGGAGGAGAUGAAGAAGAAGAAAGAGAUGGAUGAGCUCAGGAGUUACUCCUCUUUAAUGAAGGCAGAGAACAUGACCUCUAACCAGGACGGCAACGACUCCGAUGACUUCAUGUAAGCCCGGGCGCUCGGCCGUCGGGAAGACAAAGAAAAAAUCCAGCAUCUUAUUUUUUUGCUCUCGGUGCCCCCAAAUAAGCCUGUGAACUUGGGAGUCUCUGUGCUUCUUUCCUUGCCGGCAGUGAGGAUCCCCCGGGAGGCGGUGGGCCGGCCGUCUCCCCACAGAGGAUUCCGGCCGCUGCUCAGAGGCGGCUGGCUCUGGUCACGGAGGGCGUUCGGAGGGAUGCGUCUCCGGGGAAGUUGGGGCAGAGGCUGCAGAAGCACAGCCGUGCCUUCUGUUUCCCCAAAGAACUGAUUUUACUUGGGCUGCUGACCCAAAGAGGUCAUUUUCUGUCAGCCUGUGAGGGUGGGUGAGUGGGUUUUUAAAAUGUAUGAGAUGAGAGGCCUGGUGUCGAGGGUGGUUGGGUAGCCUCUGUAAGCAGCUGCUCUGCCUCAGGCUGGGAGAUCCCGGCCAGAGAGCAGCCUCCAGAUGCCCCACCACCACCAAGGGAAGAAAGGUGUGGCUCCUGGCUGUGCUUUUUUUUUGGGGGGGGGGCUCCCUGUAGCUUCAGAUAUGGCCGGCAGCGGCGCCUCUCCAGUCUUUUCCGAUUGCGGUCCUCAUAGCAGCUCCACGGAACAUUUCCCUUGGAAUAUUGCUCCACGUUUGUUCAUCAACAUCUUCUCAAAGAAAGAAAGAAAGAAAAAAAGAACUGGG